CGAAGCCCAUGACCCAUCCGACCGAAACAACUUUCUACACUCGCAACUUGGCAACUUGCUAGUUUUGUUUCCAUUCGCUUAAACCCCAAACUAACCAUCUAACCGCACCAAAUCAUACCACUCCAAAACCGCAGAGAACAAAACAGAACCCACUCGACACUCCUUUAGCCUCCCGGACAAACCAAACGAGGGCUACAAACGAAAGCAUAUUCUUAAAACCCCAUCUACACGGCAACAAAACUAGGAAAGAAGAAGAAAAAAGAAAAAAAAUCAAACAUCCCAACACUCCAAACACCAAGAAGUUCAGUUCCUGUUUCUUUGGGGGUGAUUUCCUAGGUGUGAAUUCAAUUGGGUUUUUAUUUUUCGAUCGAAAAUUUGUUGUCUUUGAAGUUAUGGUUAAGUCUAGGGAGAAUGGCGAUGAUGGGUCGGUGGCUCCUUUUCUGAGGAAGUGCUAUGAGAUGGUGGGCGACAAUUCGACCGACUCCAUAAUCUCGUGGAACGACACUGGUGAUUGCUUUGUGAUAUGGGACAUGACCCAAUUCUCUGUUCAAUUACUUCCCAAGUUCUUCAAGCAUAGCAACUUCUCUAGCUUCAUGAGGCAACUCAAUAUCUAUGGCUUUAGAAAAGUUGAUACAGAUCAUUGGAUAUUUGCAAGUGAUGGAUUUAUUCGAGGACAGAAGCAUUUAUUGAAAAAUAUUUGUAGAAGAAAGAACACUCAGGGUCCAGAUCAGCGAAAAGCAUCUCAACAGAAAGAACAUCAGCCUGAUGAAUUACGCGAGAAAGUUCAAAAUGGUCUUGAAAAUGGUAUGUGGAAAGAGGUGGAGAACCUCAAGACUGAUAAAAAUGUGCUUAUGCAGGAGUUGGUCAAACUUCAACAGCACCAGGAAAUUUCAGAAAAUAAGUUGCUUGUCUUGAGAGACCGCCUUCAGGGAUUGGAAAAGAAUCAGCAGCAGAUGCUGUCAUUUCUAGUGAUGGCCAUGCAAAGUCCCGGGUUUUUUGUUCAGCUGCUUCAGCCGAAAGAAAAUAAUUGGCGUGUGGCUGAAGCAGGUAAUAUGCUGGAACAAGGUUCAUUGGAUGAUAAAACCAUGGCUUCUGAUGGUAUGAUAGUAAGAUACCAAUCACCCAUGACUGAAACUUCCGACCCUGCAUUUACACCAACGUCAGGUGCAGAAAAGACACCAGAUUCUGGUUCUUAUCCAGACGGGAUGCAAGAUUUCUUCUUGAACUCCAAUAAUUACUCGGAUUUCUUGAAGGUUCUUAUGGACGAGAAGCUAUGCUCAUUAGAGAGUCAUUCCCCGUUGGUUCUUCCAGAUACAGAUGACGGUUCAUGGCGGCAACUUCUUUUAGCCAGUCGUUUUCUAGAAAAUGUUGAAGAAACAAAAGAAGAUGGUGAAGAAACUGUUGACUCCGGAAUGGAGGCAGAACUAACAUUACCCGGAACCCCACUGGGAAACUCUCAGAAUUUCGAUUUGUUUGGGAUGGAAUCAACAGUUAGUGAAACCAAUUUGGAGAAGGCUCAGUACAUGGAUACUUUAACUGAGCAAAUGGGGCUUUUGUCUUCUGAACCAAAAAAUAGACAUGGGACGUGAGCAGAAAUAUUGCAGGACAUUGUUUUGCUUUUAUAUUAUAUGAUAUGAUAUGAGUGUUUUUAUGCACCAUCUUUCUUCAGCAAGUAAAUCUCAUCUAAACAAGUGUAGGUUUGUUCUCUUGACUUUUCAUAUAUAUAUAUAUAUAU